AUGACAGCCAACAACAUCCACCCAUACCUCACGGAGCCAGACAUCAUCGUCCUCGAGAACUUGUUCGAGGAUGUCGCCAACAAGAACACCUCCGAGAGAAACACAUCCGACCUGAACACAGCCCCCGCAAACACCAUCGCCAAGCACGACCAACUCGCCAUCGAACGCCUAAAAGCCUUAAACGACCCAUCCCACCCCGACUUCGAGCCAACAGUCUUCGUAUCGUGGGACGACCAAGACCUCUCCGAACCCUUCAAACGCUACAUCGUCAAGCCAUACACCAAACUCGCCAUCGGCAUAGUCCGCCACCCCACCGACGUCGUCUUCUUGACCCACAUCCUGACCUACCUCCUCAUCAACGUCCCCAGCGCAUUGUGGUUGUUCCGCCACUUCACCUACAUCCAUGGAAUUCUCCACGUGGCCUGGACGUUCUGGUGGACGGGAUCCUUCACGCUCAUGAUGCAUAAUCAUAUUCACAAUAAUGGUGUGCUGGCGAAGGAGUGGGCGUGGCUGGAUUUGGCGUUUCCGUAUGUUAUGUAUCCCUUGAUGGGGCAUACGUGGAAUUCGUACUACUACCAUCAUGUGAAGCAUCACCACAUUGAAGGGAAUGGACCGGAUGAUCUCUCCUCGACGGUGCGGUAUCAGCGCGACAAUGUCUGGCACUUCUUACACUACCUUGGACGCUUUCUGUUCUUCGUGUGGCUGGAUCUGCCGCUGUACUUUGUGCGGAAGGGCAAGUCGAGUACUGCCGCGAAGGCAUUUGGGUGGGAAAUCUCGGGUCUGAGUUUGCUGUACUUUAUGACGACGAAGGUCAACACCAGAGCUUCGAUCUUCACGCUCGUUAUUCCGUUUGUGCUACUCCGGCUGGGCUUGAUGAUUGGCAACUGGGGGCAACACGCGCUCGUCGAUGACUUAGAGCCAGACUCUGACUUUCGCUCCAGCAUCACCCUAGUUGACGUGCCGAGCAACCGCUUCUGCUUCAACGACGGCUACCACACUGCCCACCACCUCAACUCUCGCCGGCACUGGCGCGAACAGCCACUCCACUUUCUGCAGUCAAAGGAAGCAUACCGAGAAGGUCGAGCCUUGACUUUCCACAACAUUGACUACCUGAUGAUGACGCUUAAGCUCCUGCAAAAAGACUAUAUGCAUCUUGCGAGUUGUCUGGUGCCAAUGGGCGAUCAGAUUGGGAUGACGCAGCAGGAGAUUGCAGACAUGCUAAGGACGAAGACGAGGCGCUUCACUGAGGAGGAGAUUCGACAGAAAUUUGGAGCGGCUUACGAAAAGAAGCCGCUGUCUGCUUCGGUCAGCUCUGUGUUGUCGAGAUUCACUGCUUUGCUUGGUCUGGCUGGACCAACCAAGGCAAAGAAAGCACACAGGCGGAAGUCCUCUUGUGCGACGCGACCUGUCGAUGCGAGGCUGAAAGACCACGCCGCUUGA